AUGGAAAACCAAACAAUAGUGCAUAUGUUGGUUCUCACUGGACUGUCUGAUCUUCCGAGUCUUCAACUCCCUCUGUUCCUGGUGUUUCUCCUGAUCUACUUUAUGACUUUGAUUGGGAACCUUCUCAUUUGUCUCCUGAUCUUCACUGAUUCCCAUCUUCACACCCCCAUGUACUUCUUCCUUGGAACCCUGGCAUGUCUGGAUAUUGGUUACUCCUCAGUCACUGUCCCAAAAAUGCUCUUUGAUUUACUCACCCAAAAAAGGGUAAUUUCAAUGAAAAACUGUUUAACGCAAGUCUUCUUUUUUAUGUUUCUGGGUACAUCAGAGUUCUUUGUGCUGGCAGUGAUGUCCUAUGACAGAUACAUUGCCAUCUGCCGCCCUCUUCACUACAUGCAGAUAAUGAACUGGAAUGUUUGUGUCCAGCUUGUAUCCAGCAUGUUGGGUUUUUGUGCAGUACAUGCCUUGGUGCACACUCUUCUAUUAACUAAACUGACCUUUUGCAGGUCAGAAGCCUUGCAAAGUUUCUUUUGUGACCUGCCCCAACUGCUUAAGGCCUCCUGUAGUGACACAUUCAUUAAUGUAUUGAUUAUUUUUAUUUUUGUAAUAUUGUUCGGCGAUGUCAUUUUAGGGGUCACCUUUUAUCCCUAUAUCACUAUAAUCAGGACUGUUCUGAAAAUCCCAUCAAAGCACAUGAGAUCCAAAGCUUUCUCCACCUGUUUCUCUCACCUAACUGUGGUCUUUUUAUUUUACAGCACAAGUUUAUUUAACUACUUGCGGUCGAAUGUAAGUGAUCAACACUCAGAGGACAAAUUGGCCUCUGUAUUUUAUUCUAUAUUUACCCCCUUUUUGAAUCCUCUGAUCUACAGUCUGAGGAACCAGGAACUAAAAAUAUCCCUAAGAAAAGCUUUACAGAGAAAGUAA